GCACUUUGAAGCAUUACAUUUGCUCUUCUCUCUCUGCCUCAUUCUCACUCUCAAAAGAACAGUUUUAUUAUGGAUGAGACAAAACAACAACUGGAACUGACGCAAGAACAGAUAAUGGAGUUUAAAGAGGCCUUUUGUCUGUUCGACAAAGAUGGGGAUGGUUGCAUCACUGCUGAUGAACUUGCUACUGUGAUCCGCUCGUUGGAUCAGAAUCCAACCGAACAAGAGCUUCGAGACAUGAUCAAUGAGAUCGACUCCGAUGGUAACGGCACCAUCGAAUUCUCUGAGUUCCUCAACCUCAUGGGCGGCAAAAUCCAGGAAACUGAUGCAGAUGAGGAGCUGAAAGAAGCAUUCAAAGUGUUUGACAAAGACCAAAAUGGUUACAUCUCUGCUAGUAAGUUGAGGCACGUGAUGAUCAAUCUUGGGGAGAAGCUCACAGAUGAGGAGGUUGAUCAAAUGAUUAAGGAGGCAGAUUUGGAUGGUGAUGGUCAAGUCAAUUAUGAUGAAUUUGUGAGGAUGAUGAUGACCAGCGGUUAAAUGAUAAUCAAUUUUAUACCAAAUAAUGUAUUAUCGUUUAUAAAUCUUUUGAUCAUUUUCUCUUCUUCAGAAAAUCAUAGUGUACUUUCCAAUUAUAUUAGCUUUUGCAUAUUCAUUGGAAGUAAUACUCAUUUUUAUUUAUUUGGAUUCCUAAUAUAUAUGGUGUAUAGUACAGUUAUUUAUCUUCUGGAAAGGUCAGUAAGAUUGAGUACACAUGUCUGGCAAUAAUCAUUAUUCAUUUUUAAC